AGGGCCCCGGCUCGCCGCCAACGCGCGCCGAUGCCGAGCUGGGGCGCGGCGACAGCGAGGUGGUUCUCUGCUGGACGGGAGGCGAUGAGCUACGACGUCGUCAUCGUGGGCGCCGGCCCCGCGGGGCUCGCCGCCGCCAUCCGGCUCAAGCAGCUCUGCCGCGCGGCCGACACCGACCUCUCCGUCUGCGUCCUCGAGAAAGGAGCCGAAGUCGGUGCUCAUGUACUGUCGGGGAAUGUCUUCGAGCCCCGAGCCUUGGAUGAGCUCAUUCCGAACUGGAGGCAACAGGAUGCCCCAAUCCGAGUCACUGUCUCAUCUGACACGUUCUGGAUGUUAACAAAGAACAAGGCAUGGACACUUCCAUCUCCUUUUGAUAACAGAGGGAACUAUGUGAUAAGCUUAAGCCAACUGGUGAGAUGGAUGUCCGUAAAGGCUGAAGAAUUAGGUGUCGAAGUGUAUCCAGGUUUUGCUGCAAGUGAGAUCCUUUAUGAUGAGAAUCAAAUGGUUAACGGCGUUGCAACCAAUGAUGUUGGUAUUGCUAAAGAUGGUACCAAACGGGAAACUUUUCAACCGGGUGUGGAACUAAGAGGGAGAAUAACACUUCUGGCCGAGGGUUGCCGGGGUUCAUUAUCAGAGAAAAUAAUAUCAAAUCACAAGCUCAGAGAAACUGGGCAAGGGCAACAUCAGACAUAUGCUCUUGGAAUUAAAGAGGUCUGGGAGAUAGAAGAAGGAAAGCAUAAGCCAGGCUCUGUAGUUCAUACUGUAGGGUGGCCUUUGGACAUGAAGACAUACGGAGGAUCAUUUCUGUAUCACCUUGAUGAUAGACAGUUAGCAAUUGGUCUGGUUGUUGCCUUGAAUUAUCGAAAUCCUUUCCUCAGCCCCUACGAUGAAUUCCAGAAAUUCAAGCAGCACCCUGCUAUCAGAACACUUCUGGAAGGUGGAACAGUUCUUCAGUAUGGUGCUCGUACUUUGAAUGAAGGUGGUUUCCAGUCCAUACCGAAUCCAGUUUUCCCCGGUGGUGCAAUUAUUGGAUGCUCUGCAGGAUUCCUAAAUGUUCCGAAAAUAAAAGGAUCACAUACCGCAAUGAAAUCAGGUAUGCUUGCGGCAGAAGCAACUUUCAAGACUCUUGUUGAAGGAACUUCCAUGGAUCUGUACUGGGAGAAUCUCAAGAAGUCAUGGAUAUGGGAAGAACUCUAUAGAUCUCGGAAUUAUAGACCGGCAUUUGAAUACGGAUUUAUUCCUGGCAUGGCCUUGUCAGCAGUGGAACACUACAUAUUCAAUGGGAAAUUACCUUUUACAUUGAAGCAUGGGAAACCUGACCAUGAAGCAACAGAUAUGGCUAAUCUGCACUCACCAAUUCAGUAUCCAAAACCAGAUGGGCAGGUGUCCUUUGAUGUUCCAUCUUCUUUAUACAGGAGCAACACAAACCAUGAACACAACCAGCCUCCUCAUCUUCGCUUGAAGGAUCCCACAAUACCUGAAAGCGUAAAUCUUCCCCAAUAUGCUGGACCAGAGUCACGUUAUUGUCCAGCUCGAGUUUACGAAUAUGUCUCUGACGAGAACGGUGACCCAAAGCUUCACAUAAAUGCUCAAAAUUGUCUUCAUUGCAAGGCUUGUGACAUCAAAGAUCCUAAGCAGAACAUCGAGUGGACUGUUCCAGAAGGUGGAGGAGGACCUGGUUACACAGUGAUGUAAAUAUUGCAAAAUUUCUGAUCCCAAGUUAGCUUAUCUGACGCUAUCUUGUAGAGAACGUUGUUGGACAAAUACAUCAAGCAGGGUUGGUAUAUAUGGU